GAAGCACCACAUCACAGCCGCGUCUCAUCGUUCCUCUUCAGAUUAGGGUUUGCCGAUUCUUUCUCCAGCCAUGGCGGAUGUUGAAAUGGAGAUAGCAGCAGGACAACCGAAGAAGAGGACAUUCAAGAAGUUCAGUUUCAGGGGCGUCGAUUUGGACGCUUUGCUCGAUAUGUCCACAGAUGAGCUUGUUAAGCUCUUUACCGCUCGAGCUCGCAGAAGGUUUCAGAGAGGUCUGAAGAGGAAGCCCAUGGCCUUGAUCAAGAAACUCCGCAAAGCGUAUGUGGCGAGAUGAAUGCUUCUGUUGUUGUCAAAAGCUUGGAUAUUUCGGUGGCUGCAUUCUUUAGGUAUUGUCUACGUCUGUCAUUCUAUGGACCAUUGUGAAUCUGUGGUGGACAUUACACUUUAUUCAGAAAUAAUUAAAUAAUUAAGUGGAAUUGUUUCUGGUUUUGGGGUUUUACUUCUGUCUUGAAUAUAUGUAUGAUCUUUCUAUGAGCUGGUGUCUCAGAUGAAAUUGAAAGGUGCACUCUGCAGACUAGUGAUU